AUGAAGGGAACAGUUUCCAUAGGAUCAGCUUCCCAUUCUCGAGAUCUGUUUCCCUUGGAUCAGCUUCCCAUUCUCAGGGGCUCAGUUUCCCUAGGUACAGAUCUAGGAUCAGCUUCCCAUUCUCAGGGGCUCAGUUUCCCUAGGUACAGAUCUAGGAUCAGCUUCCCAUUCUCGAGAUCUGUUUCCCUAGGUACAGAUCUCGGAUCAGCUUCCCAUUCUCAGGGGGGUACAGUUUCCCUAGGUACAGAUCUAGGAUCAGCUUCCCAUUCUCAGGGGCUCAGUUUCCCUAGGUACAGAUCUAGGAUCAGCUUCCCAUUCUCGAGAUCUGUUUCCCUAGGUACAGAUCUCGGAUCAGCUUCCCAUUCUCAGGGGGGUACAGUUUCCCUAGGUACAGAUCUAGGAUCAGCUUCCCAUUCUCAGGGGCUCAGUUUCCCUAGGUACAGAUCUAGGAUCAGCUUCCCAUUCUCGAGAUCUGUUUCCCUAGGUACAGAUCUCGGAUCAGCUUCCCAUUCUCAGGGGCUCAGUUUCCCUAGGUACAGAUCUAGGAUCAGCUUCCCAUUCUCGAGAUCUGUUUCCCUAGGUACAGAUCUAGGAUCAGCUUCCCAUUCUCAGGGGGGUACAGUUUCCCUAGGUACAGAUCUAGGAUCAGCUUCCCAUUCUCAGGGGCUCAGUUUCCCUAGGUACAGAUCUAGGAUCAGCUUCCCAUUCUCGAGAUCUGUUUCCCUAGGUACAGAUCUCGGAUCAGCUUCCCAUUCUCAGGGGCUCAGUUUCCCUAGGUACAGAUCUAGGAUCAGCUUCCCAUUCUCGAGAUCUGUUUCCCUAGGUACAGAUCUAGGAUCAGCUUCCCAUUCUCAGGGGGGUACAGUUUCCCUAGGUACAGAUCUAGGAUCAGCUUCCCAUUCUCAGGGGCUCAGUUUCCCUAGGUACAGAUCUAGGAUCAGCUUCCCAUUCUCGAGAUCUGUUUCCCUAGGUACAGAUCUCGGAUCAGCUUCCCAUUCUCAGGGGGGUACAGUUUCCCUAGGUACAGAUCUAGGAUCAGCUUCCCAUUCUCAGGGGCUCAGUUUCCCUAGGUACAGAUCUAGGAUCAGCUUCCCAUUCUCAGGGGCUCAGUUUCCCUAGGUACAGAUCUAGGAUCAGCUUCCCAUUCUCAGGGGGGUACAGUUUCCCUAGGUACAGAUCUAGGAUCAGCUUCCCAUUCUCAGGGGCUCAGUUUCCCUAGGUACAGAUCUCGGCUCAGCUUCCCAUUCUCAGGGGCUCAGUUUCCCUAGGUACAGAUCUAGGAUCAGCUUCCCAUUCUCCAGAUCCCAACUUUAGUUGGGGAAAAUGGUAAACUGAACCAAGGUCAGCAUCUAGUGGCUACUUCCCCUCACUACCCUUACUCUGUGUAGCUCUAGUCUAACCCAUGUCUGUCUGUCUGUAGGAAUGUCCAAGUUGGCCUCCGUGCCAGUAGGGGGGGCUGUGUCAGCGGCUGGUGGAUCUGCUGCUGUUGCUCCUGGGGCCGCUCCUGCCUCGGAAGAGAAGGAGGAGGAGAAGAAGGAGGAGUCUGAGGAGUCAGAUGAAGACAUGGGUUUUGGUCUCUUUGAUUAGUUUUCUUUCUGACCUUUGUUAAAAACAUUAAACAUGUUUUGCGUUUCUACCUUUCUAACUAGAGAACAAAGAAAGCUUUUCCUUUGUACAUUUGUUAAAGAAGCAAUAAAAGAAAGUUUGUGAAAUUAA